GUUCAAUUCCCCUCCCGUGGUGUCCGUAUUACCCCAUUCUCCCGCCGCCGCAACGUCGACACGUGGUCCAUGAAGCUGCGGCAUCUCAAAAUUCCCUUUUUCCUAGCGGUGAUCGUCAGUCUCUGCUGUUGGGCUGCUCUCGUUUUCACGUUCACGUCAACGUCGUCAACAUCGUCAAAUACCUCACAAAGCGGAGGACUUCGUGCAUCUGCCAACAAAUAUCUCGGCGGCAUUCUCUUUCGGCAACCACACGAACUCACUCCUACAAUGCGACAGCUGCAGAAUCAGCUGCAACCCGUGAAACUCCCUGCAUGGCGACAGAAUCUGUCCAUGAACAAUCCCGCAAACGACUUUGAGUGCCUGGGAUGGCGUCAAACAGGCGACUGUGAACCGAAUGGACCACGUGAGCCGAACCAAGACAAAGGUUGCGACGAAAUCAUCACGGCGGGCAACUCUGGGUACUGCGAAGCGCGGCACAAAGCGACUGGCACGAUUGUAAGGUCAUUUGUGAGCUCGUGCAUCGGCAUGAAGGGUGGAUCCAAGUUCUCGUGCAACCAAACAGGUGAUUUCUUUGCGUAUGCCGACCUCCCCUCGCGGUACCGGGUCCGGCAACGCACGCCGCCGAUUUCCAAGGCACAGCAGUCGGCCGACCUCACGCGUGGUAUUGUCAUGGCAGUCUUCCCCAAGGUCAUGAAGGGUGUGUACGCUGCGAUUCAUCGGCUUCGAGACACGGGAUGCAAGUUGCCCGUCGAACUCUGGUAUCGCCGCGACGAAAUGAACACAUCUCAUCCAAUCAUCGCGACACUCCUUGCCAAGGAGGGGAUCUUUGCCCGUGAGAUCGUCCAGCCCGACGCAACGCACUUUUACGUCAAGCCGUACGCGUUGUACCACAGUGCCUUCACCCAAGUGCUGCUCCUCGACUGCGACAACUUUGUCACGGUCGACCCGACGUACCUCUUUGGUAUCCCCGAGUUCACUGAAGUCGGCGCCAUGUUCUGGCCUGACUUUUGGCGCAUGAAGAAGACGAUCUUCAACAUCCACAACACGAGCGUGCUUUGGGACAUGCUCGGCGUCAAUUUUGUCGACAUGAUGGAGCAAGAGUCGGGUCAAGUCCUUGUCGACAAAUCGAAAGCCAAAGGCGCGCUGCAGACGCUCAUGUUCUACGCAUUCCACCACCCGCGCUUGAUCGAGUCGCUCGACAUGGCUUGGGGUGACAAAGAUCUGUUUCGAUUCGCCUGGAUGAAGUCUCAGACCCCCUUCCACAUGAUCCAAAAGCCACCUGGCAGUGCGGGGGUUAAACAUCACACGUACAAUUUGUUUUGCGGUCACACAAUGGUCCAGCACGACCCCCACGGCAAAAUCGUGUUUUUUCAUCGAAACACGUACAAAUUGACGGGAUAUGCCGAUGCCCCUCGUAUUUGGGACCAUGUCCAGCAGUACAAGAAGCCUGUCGUUGACGACAACUAUGACGUCCGGGGGGCGAAUGGAGGGGAAGUCUUCCCGACCUUCAAGCGAUGCUUUGGCCGCGACACAGCGUACGAAGAGCUGUUCGAUCUCACGCCGUUGACCGAGUUUCCGUUUGGCAACAUGGAAGAGUCCAUCCUCCGCUACGCCCAUGAAGCAUGGCUCUUGGAACCGACGACGGAACCUCCGACGACAACCGCCGCUCCAGAUCAAGCAUGAGGAUUGACAAGAUUUUUUAAUAUAGACGGCGCAUUAAACAUGCAUUCUAUUGCGCCUCAUUUGUUCUUUUAUCAAAAUAA